CACCACCAGCCUGAACUGUUGAGACAAGGCAGGUUGGGUCCAUGGAUUCAUGCAGUUGAUGCCAAAUUCUGACCCUACCAUCUGCAUGUUGCAACAGAAAUCAUGAUUCAUCAGAACAGGCAACAUUUUUCCAAUCUUCGGCUGUUCAGUUUUGGUGAGCCUGUGCCCAUUGCAGCCUCAGAUUCCUGUUCUGGGCUGACACGAGUGAAACCCGAUGUGGUUUUCUGCUGUUGUUGCCCAUCCACCUCGAGGUUUGAUGUGCUGUAUGUUCUGACUUGAGAUGCUUUUCUCCUCACCACAGCUGUAGUUAUUUGAGUAACCAUAACCUUUUCAGCUCAAAACCAUCUCUCAUCAACAAGGCUUUGCCACUGGCAGAAUGGCCACUCACUGGAUGUUUUUGUUUCACAAUUCUGUGUAAACUAUAGAGACCAUUGUGGCUGAAAAUCCCAUGAGAUCAGCAGUUUCUGAAAUACUCAAACCAGCUUAUCUGGCACCAACAACCAUGCAACAGUUAAAGACACUGAGAUAACUUUUUUCACUGCAGAUAUUUGAUGUGAACAUUGACUGAAGCUCUUGACCUGUAUCUGCAUGAAUUUAUGCAUUGUGCUGCUGCCACAUGAUUGGCUGAUUGGAUAAUUGCAUGAAUGAACAGGUGUACAGGCAUUCCUAAUAAAGCGGCCAGUGAAUGUAUACAAAAUGUGACAACAGUAUAGUUAUGUCUAAAAAUCUUGCAAAAAUAGUCUUUAAACAAACAAACAAACAAAAAACCAGCAGAUUUGUUGCGCUUGAUACACUCAUAGCAGUGUAACACCUGCUAAGAUGCCACUGUCGUCAGGAUCACUGCUGUGCUGAAAAUGGCCCACAAAUGGCACCCAAAUAGUAAAUGGUCCCUGAUUGUGUGUAACAUAAGCAAUAGUCAGUAAAUUUACAUGUACAAAGUGACCUAUUACGGUAGGUAUACCUGAUAAAAUGGUCAGUAAAGACAUAAGGUAGGUUUAUCUAAUGACGUAACCCUGUGUGUGCGCGCGCGCGGGUGCGUGUAUACUAUCGAUAACUCGGUCUAUCCUCUAGUAAGCCUUACUUUGUGACGUAUUUCCGGCUCCAUAAACGUAAUCCGAAUACGGAGGAAACAGGGUCGGAUUGAUGUUUGAUCAUUACGCCAGUUUAUUUUGUGUCACUUUAAUUUCAUAAUUGCCGUUUGGCACUUUAUUAUUAAACAGUCAACAGUCUUUCUCAAUGUGGGGAGCAAAAAUGUCCAAAAAUUGAUAUUGCUGGCUGCCGGCAAGAAAGUGGCUGUUUGCAGAUCCUGCCAAAACACCCAAAUAUUAGACACAAGUGGACGCAGUUUAUUUUUUCCCAAGAACUUCAGACAUUAACUAACUAUCUGUUCGGCUCAUUUCAGCUCGGGUUACUUUCUCAGCAGCUCCCAGGAUUUUAAAAGUUAUUAUCAAAGGAUGAAGUCAUUCCAACUUUACUGGACCUGACUACAAUCACUCACCAUCUGUGCAGUGCCGUUGCCAUGGAGAUCGCCUGUAAGGAGAGGGCGCGUGCAGUUGGUGCUGAACGACAGCGAGAUGAAAACACAGUUAAUGAACAGAAUGAAUGCACAGUGACCUGGAGUGUACCAAAUCUGGAGGCCUCUAGUGAGGAGGAGGUUGUUUCGGGAGGAUUCAGUGAUGAUCUGUGCUGUGAGUGUGGGAGAAAUGUUGCUUUUCUGGACCACCAGACUGAGCAUUUUAUUAAGCACACAGAUGAAGUGUGUUGUCACUUGUGCCAGAUGAAAUUCUCCCAUAUGAACGCACUGGCUUUGCACCUGAAAAAUGCCCAUCCCAAGUACCAUAUUUUCUGUAAAAGCUGCAACAUGUACAUGGGGCGACAUCCACUAAAGCAGUGGACUGUGGUAACUGACAAGACCCCAGAGACCCCAAAACAGAAACUUCUGGAUGAGGAGGUAGAGGAGGUCAUAAUUGAGAAUGAGGAGGUGGAAAUAAAGUAUGUGAAGGAGGAAGAGGAGGAGGUUGUUGUUGGAAGGAUGGAAGAAACAGAAGAAAACAGCACUACAGAGACUCCAGAGGAUAAUAAGAUGGUCAACAGAAACUUGCAUGAUCAUACCUAUUUCUCCACACAAACAUAUAGUUCUAUCAGGGAAACUACAAAUAAUGUUGUUAUGUACACCAGCAGUGAAAAUGUGCUUGUUUUUAUUAAUAAAACAGACACUAGUAUAUCCCCUAAAGACUUAUGUACUGAAAGUGACCAGCAGGGGACCCCAGUGGAUGAUCAGACGGUGUGUAGAGGCAUACAUGAUCAUACUUACUUUUCCAUUCAAAGCCUUGCAAAUCACAUGCCUCUAGAAAAACAAGUAUCUGCCCAUAACACAUGCAGUUUCUUUUGCAAAACUGCAAACAAUGUUAUAAACUCCAGCACUGAAAACAUACAUGUGUUUAAUAAUAAAGCAGACACUAGGAUAUCCCCUAAGGACCCAGAAAGUACAGAAAGUGACCAGGAUCAGAUACGGAAGCAUGAGUUGGUGUGCAGCGGCUUGCUUGAUCAUACUUACUUCUCCAGACAAAGCCUUGCAAAUCACACUGUUCUCUCAAAAAGAGUACCUUCACCUAACACAUGCAGGUCAAGCACGCACAAAGCCAACAAAGAAAAAUUGUUGAAAAUCCAAACCCACAGAAAUAAUGUCACUAUGACUGAUGAAGAAACCACUCAGCGCUCUAGCGCAGCUGUGUUGGAAGCGUCACAGUUGGAGUAUAAUAUUAAGGUGGAGGAUGACCUUUGUGAAUUUGAACCCAUUCAGGAGGAUGUAGUAAUAGGAGAAUAUGAGGAAAGUAUUCAGAGAAGUGACCAUGAGCACAGUAACUCUUUACCCAUUGAUGACUUGAUAUACACAUCUCAGGAUGAUCUGAACUCAGAUACAAUGUCUUGCACAUCCACAGACAAUAAUGGUGACACUUCGGAGGAAAGUUGUAAAAGUAAAAGUUGGAGUUCUUGUCAGAAACAGAAUUGUGAAAACACUAACCAGAAAUCACUCGGCUCUGUAGAUUAUGUGAAUUCAAAUCCUGCAACCAGUUUAUAUAAAGAUCUACAGAUCUGCACUUGCUGUGGCCUUAGCAAAGUUCUCAACACAGAAAAGUCUAUGGAGCGGUGCACAUGCACACAAUUUACAUGUUCUCUGUGUGGAAUUAUGUUUGGCACUGAAGAAAUGUUACUGAACCAUCAAGCAGAGAAACACCCUUUGGCCAAAUAUAUGUGUGUGAGUUGCCUGCAACUAUUUCCCAACCAGAAUAUUUUCAUACAACACGUUUGUAGCAAGUCCAGGGGGUUCAGUGGAAAAUCAUUAACCCCAUCCAACAGCUCAAACAAUGCAAAAGAGCCAUUGCUCAUGAUUCUGAACUUUGUGCCCUCACCUGCUGCUGUGGAGUCUUCUAAGCAAUCCCCCAGGAGUCAAAGUGUUAACAUUCUUAACACGGCCCAGAAUCUUGGAACUGUGUCAAAUUCAACAUCACAUUCAUUGCCCAACAGUCCAACCACCUCUGCCUCCCAAAAGGUCCCAAUACAAGUCAUGGCCACUAGGUCAUCAAGUUGUGCCCAGAAGAAGAAGGUGACAUGUUUAGUCUUAAAUGGAGACCAAGGACAAGAGACGACUCGCAUUUCUACAGUCACUCAGAAACAAAUUGGACAGGUGCAGGUUUUAAGUCCGUUGCAGGCCAAAGUGCUAUCUCAAACUCCUUCUUCUUCUUCUUCUUCUUCUUCUACUACUACUACUACCACCCAGAUCCUCCUUUCAUCCCAGGGCCAAGGACAAAUGACCCCCAUUUCUACAGUUACUCAGACAAAAAGUGGACAGAUGCAGGAUUUAACUCCAUUGCAGACCAAAUUGGUGACCCACACUCCUACAGGCAGUGCAGACUUGAUGACAAGCAUUGUCUUGCCUCAGCAGGACCCAUCAUUCGAAGUCCACUUACCUCAUCCUUUUCUAUCUCAAGUCUCUAGCUCAAUGUCUAUCCCAUCCCAAACAGGCCAACUACCUGAAUCCAGUGUUCCCUUCUUGGAUGUUUGUAGGUCUUCUCCAUCUAGCCAGAUCCUUCCUUCAUCCCAGGGGCCUUUAAAAAUAGUGGCCAUGUUUGUGAACCAGAGCAAGGAGCUGGCUCUGCAGAAGCGUAUGCGCCAGAGUUGGCGCUCCAAGGCUGUGUUCCCAUGCCGCCAGUGUGGUGCUGUGUCACGCCAGUUCUCAUUGGGUGUGCGCCACCGCUACCAGCACCGCGGGCCACGCCUCCACAGAUGCCAGUGUGGCCGAGCCUUCCAGCAGCGCAUGCACCUGCUCCGCCAUCAGGUUCAGCAUGCCGAGGCCACACGCUAUGUCUGCGCUGCCUGUGGCCAGAUGUUCUGUGGUACACAGCAGCUGGCCUGCCAUAGACCCCUAUUCAGGAUCACACCAUCAAAUAGGAAAAAACAAGCAAAUAAAGAGUGCAGGAACAUGUUUCAGUGCUACUGCGGACAUUCCUUUACGAGACCUGCUGCCUUAUUGUGGCAUAUGUUAAAAAACUCAAAAGCCCGCAAACCACGCUUAAAAGGUUUUAGACUUACUUGAUUUUGCUGGAUUCUUUACAGUAAAUUACUGUUUAAAUUGAAGUUGCUUAAGUUUCAAAGUGAAAUGGAGUGCUGUCACAUAUGCAGUGAAAGAGUCACUGAAGAUUAGUAGAGUGGUUAGAUUUUUCUGCUGUUAAGUAAAUGGACAGUUGGGCAUCAAAAUCCCUGUGGUGUUGGACUGGAUAAUCAUAUGAGUUAUUGUGGUGAGUCUGAUUAAUGUACACUCAUUACAACAGACCAUUUUAUAUAAAACUGAUGCUUUGUGAAUGUUGUAUUUGCUAUUGGGUUUCAGUUUCUGGGGCAGAAAGUGAUGUCUUUGCCGUCUUUGUUGACAUUAGAUGGGCAUCUGUAUUUUGCCCAGAGAGAAAGUUUUUAAUGUCUUUUCAGAGGUGUAUAUUAGCCCAGUAAUUGAUGCCUUUGGUCAGUCAGUGCUCACUGACCACACCACUACACUCCUAGGAAAAAAAUCUUGAAUCUUUAAGAAUUCUUUGGUUUGUGCCUCGAAAGGAACCCUUAAAGGUUGUAUGUAGAAUCCUACAACAGGGUUCUCCAGUACCCCUUUAGGAAGAAAAUAAGCUUUAACUAUCUAACCUCUGAGGAACCUAUUUUUUUUUCCUGAGUGUGUGUUUGAUAGUGUGACACUAAGUGAAAGCAUGCUAGUGCACCCUAAUCUAGAAAUCAUUUUCAUAUGCAAAAUUUUUAACUUUUAAGUGGCAAAAAUAAUGAGUUGGCAAACUCGUAAGAGUGCAAUGGAUAUAUUUGCCCACCAGAGGGAGCUACUUCCAAAAAGACAUCAAAGUCAGCGUCUCUUGUGGAGAACACUACCUCAGUUUUAAUAAACUUGAAAACAGGAUUUAGUAAUAAAGAGUUUUUCCGUUA